ACGGUACACCAUAGCUUUUGAACGCGGGGUGUCGAACGAUCCACGUCGAGUAGAUCUGAACCGAAUACGCAUGAACCUGUUAUGGAGUCGCGCGAGUGGACGAGCACGGGCGCUGUCGUGGAUGCCACCCCAGUAUGUUGUAACUACGUUCGGGGGGAUGGUCAUUGGUAUGGUGGUCCGGGGGUUGGGCGGUUUGGGGGUUGAAUUCACCAUUCGUGUUCGGAGGGUCAAUAGUGUGUGUUCACAAUCUCGUGCGUUCCUGUCAUGGAAUUCUAGUUCUCGGCUGUCAUCUUAUUACAGGUGGCAUCCGGACAAUCCCAUCCCUACCCGCCGUGUGCAGCGCCGGGAUGUGGAUAUCCAGGAGUAGCCCGACGGUAUCCACCCAGGAGUGUUUAGCGGAAGCCCAUUGGAGCGGGAGACCGACCGACCGGGCGCGGGGAGACGAGGAUGGAGCGGGUGCUAGCGCAGCGAUGCACCAUGUACACGGAUACGCAAUAUUUGGAAUGCCCCAGCAGGGCUUGGAGCGACCUCGAGAUUUCCGGUUCCCGGCAGCGGUACUGAGUCCUGUUGUGUUCCCGCGUGGAUCUGCUCUGUGCAACGUUUGGGUUGAAUAUCACCAGUACCGUACUGUACGGUACCGUUUCUGCUCCAUUACCGGUUGUGAUGGCCAGGGCUGCUCACAGGGGCAUCCAGGUUCCGAGCAACCUCAGCUGCCUGAGGACUGUGGCACACAAUGA